UCCGAGAAGCGUGCUUCGGUUUUCCAAGAAAAGAUAAUCCUUUUUUCCGUAGUGAACAUAUAUUUAACAGGAGAGUGAGUAAAAUAUAUAUGUAAAUUGUAAUUUUAUAAUGGGAAAAAAGAGUUGUUAAUAAUUACACCAAAGUGCCAAGACAAAAACAUAUUAAAAGUGAUUUCAAAAAGUAUUAUGUCAGGUGGGUGUUAUUUUAAUUACCAUGUGGAAUCACCCGAAUAAUCGUGUGUUGGUGAUACGGCAUUAUUAAUAUAUAUAUGUAUAUUUAUAUAUUAAAAAAUAUAGUAAUUGGCUGAUAGACACCGGUGUCUCCCCGGUGAACUGGCGCGGGAGUACUAGGUUUUUUUAAAUGCUGCAUAGUUCGGGUUUUAGGGCAGGUAGUGAAGCCUUAGUAAGUCAUAGAAAGUGCCCUAGGAAGUCUCGCCGGCCUUAAAAGGGCGGACUGUGUCUGUUUUAUAUUUUUCAUUAAAUUUUGAUAAUCACUAGUAGUAGUAGUAGUUAUUAUUAUUAUUUUUUUGUAUUACUGUUAUUACUAUUGCGAUUUAAACAGACAGUUGAGGAAACAAAGUACCCAGAAGGGGGUUAGAGCGACUAAAGCAUAAAUUAGGAACUAGUUCUGGUGAAUGGCCGUAUUUCGGAACCAGGAAUUUGAAGGCAGGACAACAAGCCAUAAGUCCGUGAGUCCUUGGUAAUGGGGUGUUUAGGCGAUGAUGCCUUCUCCCCGUCGUCGUCCUCGAACGUCUUCAACGUCGUUGUCUCUGUCGUUACACCAACGUCCAAGCUUAGAAUUGAAGAGAAAGAGGAAGUAUCUGAAGAACAACAACAAGAAACAAGUGUUUCAGCAGGUGGUAUCAAGUGUAACAGUAACCGGAGAAAACGAGUGGACAAUAAUAAAAGAGUGGUGCGAGGCUGGCGGAGAAGAAUUUGGAGGUGACUCUCCGUCGAAAUGCUUGAGGUACGUCCGUCGAGGACAAGACAAUUGGAGGAUAACGCCGAGUUACGCGGUGGCAAAGACCUCCAACUGCUCGCUCGCGGACGCACAAAAAAUAAUAAUAGUACUAAUAAUAAUAGUAGUAGUAAUAACAACAAUUUAUUACAUAAAUUAUUGGUAAGAUCAGACGGAGCGUAUUCAUCUUCUAGCCUUCCUUUACUUCUUGUGCUUCUUAUUAGUUGCUUGAUUGUCUUGCCUAACUGUGCAUUUGGACGUCAAUCAGCGCAUCAUCAUCGUACGUGCCCUGGAUGUCCGCAUCAGCACGUCCACACUAUUCACCGUAAAGAAAUAGGACCAAGCCCUGAUGAUUUACGACUUGAAGCUAUCAAACAUCAAAUACUCACAAAACUUGGACUACGCAAUCGUCCAGAUGUCAAUAAGACAUUGGCACAAGUACCGCGACAUCUUGCUCUUGAAACUCUUUAUCGUGCCGAAGCACAGCCAUCACCUGAAUAUCCUGACAUACGGAAUACCCUACACGAUAAUAAUAAACGUCAACAUGACGACGAGUAUGGACAAUUUUUUUAUGCCAGCGACGAAUACUCUUAUAAUAGGAAUGUCAACCAGGCCGAGGAGUCGAUGACCGAGGGCGUGACAUCCACCGAGAGUUUUAGAGAAAGUGGAUACGAAGAUUAUCGGGGUACAGAUGUAGAGAUGGAUGACUUUUAUGCGAGAACGUCCGAAAUAAUAACAUUUGCCGAGCCUGGACGGACGUUGAAUGGCCAACCACUUUUGGAAUUCCCAAUGUCAAGUGGUGAACCAGCUUUAGAACCUUUAAAAAUAAAACGCGCAAUAUUAUGGGCGAGGGUAGAGUUAAAACACGUUCAUCAUUACCAACAUCACCGACGGCAGAUCAAUCAAAGAAACAUUACCUUGUGGGUGUUUAAGGUUCGCUGUGGUAAUACGACUCAUUUACGCGGCAAGGAGUUGAGCGAACAUUUAGAAAUGGUGACAUCAUUAACUGUAAAUGUAGGCCAAUUGGGUUGGCAAAAAUUUGACGUUACUAAAAUAGUAAGUAAUUGGUAUACGUCACAUAGACACGUAAAAGAAAGGCUGACACUUCUUGUGGAUUGUACGGGUUGUGGUACUCACGUACAUAUUUCCACUUUCAACGUUCAAGCAUCACGCGUUGUUGAUUCGUCCAUCGACUCAAAAAAUGCUCAAGAUCCAGACCGUCCAUUUUUAGUUGUACGAACCGAUCCAGCUGCAGUAAAGCGGGUGAGAAGACGCGCAAUUGAAUGCAGUGGCGCAUUAAAAGGACAAUGUUGUAAACAAAGGUUUUACGUCAGUUUUUCGCAACUUGGGUGGGAUGAUUGGAUAAUAGCACCCCAAGGAUACUACGCAAACUACUGCAGAGGUGAUUGUGCAGCCGGACACCGCACGCCCGAUACAUUUCUCAAUUAUUACACACACGUAAUUGAGGAGUAUAGGAAAAUGGAUAGACUGGCAGGAAUGCAACCAUGCUGCGCUCCUCUUAAAUUUUCACCCAUGUCAUUGAUAUACUACGGUCCAGAUUCAAACAUUAUCAAACGGGAUUUACCAAAAAUGGUAGUGGACGAAUGUGGUUGUCCUUAAUAAAUUCACAACCAAAAACAAAACGAAAAAUUAAUUUAUAUAAAUAAAUAUAAAAAGAUAAAACGAAAGCAUCAAAAAAUGAAACGCUUGGUAAGCUAAUUUAUUAAAUAAAUUAAGACGAGUAUCAAGCAAUAUUUUUUAGAAAACUCAUUUUUUUUUUAUUGAUUUUUAAAAAAUGUUCUUUUCUUUCAAUAAUUUUGAGUAUCGAAAAAAAAAUGUGCAUAAACAGAAUAAUUAUUAUUCAUUGCGUCAUGAACUUUAAAAUGUUAAAUAAAUUUAAUAAUAAAAAAAAAACUAGUUAGGAUAAUAAAAUCGAGUGAGCUAAAUUUUUACUUGGCCAUCGUUUAUAUACAACGGAUAUAAAAGACAAAAAAAAGUAUUAAUAAUAAUUUCAAAUACAAGAAAUUUAAAAAAAAUGA